CCUACCUCUACUGUGGUUUCAUGACAGAAGAUGGACAUCCAGCCUUUGCUCUCAGUGGGCUUUCUGUGCACUCCCCUUGUCUUCCCCACUGUCUAGCACAGUGUACCAAAACUAUGUGCAGCGAGUGAACCCAAUGACGAAAUUCAUCACAGCCCAGUGCGCAAGAGACUUAAGAAUGCGCCCUAUCCCAUCCGGAAUAGAAAUGUCUUCUUACCAUUUCCCCUUUCUCAAAACUGUUCUCGCUCGUCUCCCACGAACCUCAUCACAGCAUCCUCUGGUCCUGAUUUGUGUUGAUAACCUCCUGCAAGUCUCGGGCACUGUUUCCAAAGUGGAGCCAUGGAACAUAGCAUUGAGGAAUUGAGAAAGACAUAUGCUGAACUGUGUGCUACCGAAGCCAAGAGAACGACCCUGGUUGAGGGUCUUUUUGCGCAUAUUGACGGUCUGCAGCUUGAGCUGAAAGAAUCGAAAUGUCAAACCGAGGAAUAUAAAAGGCUUUAUGAUUCCUACCGGGGCGAUUAUCUGGAGUCCGAGAAACAAUACCAGGCCGUGCUUCAUUCUCAGGCCAAGUUAAAUUAUGUCUCUGUCUUGAUUGACGGAGAUAGUAUGAACUUCCAAGAAUCCUUGGUCCGAGGCGAAGAAUCGGGCGGGAACAAGGCGGCGCAUCUGCUGAUCGAAACCAUACAAACCCAUCUGCGUACAGUUGAUCGGGAUCUCUCACCCGAUAUAUCCAUCAGGAUUCGUGUAUACGCCAACGUCGAAGGCCUUUCCAAGGCAUAUCGCUGUUCCCAGAUCUUGGAAAGCGAUAGUUCCAUGAGAGCAUUUAUUCACGGCUUCAAUAAGGAUAAUAGACUGUGUGAUAUCGUGGAUGUGGGCUAUGGAAAGGAAUGUGCUGAUCGUAAGCUGGAAGCUCUCUUUGUACAAGACAUACGUGAUGUUCACUGCCGUCGGGUCAUAUUCUGCGCCUCGACAGAUAAUGGCUAUGCGCGUGUCCUCAAGCCGUAUCUGGAGUCUGGGCGUAUCUCACUCGGUGAAGGACCACCAUUUGCGCGUGAGAUGCAAGGUCUGGCAGAAACCCUACCCGUCGUGUCUCUCGGAGAUGUUUUCAUGGAAGAAAAGCUCAAGUCCGAGCGACGCGGGUCCUUUGGUACCCUCGAAACGGCAGACACUCCACCACGAACCCCGACACGGAGCUACGCAUUGGCCGCCGCGAGGGCAGCCCUUUCGCCCCAGCCGGUGUCGCCGCUCAUGACAACCACGCCGGCUUCCACCGCUACGCUGAAAGGCUUUGAUGCGAAGGUGUUCCUGAACGCCAAAGGCCAACGGGUCGACCGGAGUCUGACGUACCCUAAUCAUGUCGCCGCGCAGUUGAGGCGUGAGAAGCUGUGUAACAGGUUUCACCUCCUGGGAGACUGCUCUUAUGGCGAUCAAUGCACCCACAAGCAUGGAGAGUCACUGUCUCAAGAGCAGAGAGUAGCCCUCACCGCUAUUGCUAGACAGUCCGUCUGCACUAUGGGAUUUGCGUGCAGGGAUGAGAAGUGUACCUCGGGCCAUCGGUGUCCGAGGGAAGGUUGUUCCGGGCGGGACUGCAAGUUUCCUGCUUCUAUGCACAACGUGGAUACCAGGGUCGUUUAACGAAGCCGGUGUUGUUGCUGUGUUCCUCAAGAUUCAUGAUCAUAGUUUUCUUGCAGGCGGUUUCAGGUACAUACGACCACAGGGUGUGGAAAAUAGGGCUUCCCGUCCGCUCAGCCGUACUCAAGCCACACGCCGGGAGGUUAGUAGUUGGGUGGGUGACCACCAGCGAAUCCCUUCUGUUGUAUGUUUUUUUUUUGCCCCUCGUUCUUC